GUGGGUACCGAGCGGUACGUUUGGAAGGGAGGACUGGAUGUGAUCCAGUGGUCUGGAGCGGAUGCUAGAGACAACAUCAGCCGGCUGCGACUUGCUUCCAGAGAGACAGCGGUGCCAUACCCAGUGCCCAGAUACUGAAAUUUCUAUAAGAAAAAUUGAUUUGCGCUAAGGAAGAAACUGGAUUACUUCAAGACAUCCAUUGCUACCCAGUGUGAUAACGUAAUGUAUGCGACAGUGAACUUGUAGCGCUUGUGUAGUGAUUUGGACUGUUGAAUACUUUACAAGAAAAUAGAUACAUAAAAUAUAUUUUAGAAUGGCGAAAACUGAAAAUGAAGUUCUCAUGGCUGAGAACGAGAGAAAGGAGGUAGACAGUAAUAACAACAGUGACAAUAACACUUGCAAUAAAGAAUGCGAUAACGGUAAGGCCACGGCGGGCAAGUAUCAGCUACGGCCGCGUUCACUGCAGUCACGGCGCCGCAGUGACAGCGAAUGGAGUUUUCACGAACCGUUGAGGCAAAAGCGACCUCCUCCUCUCUCUCGGUACCGACGGAAGACGGCGAACGCCCGAGAGAGGUACCGCAUGCGGCAAAUCAACACGGCCUUCGAGAACCUCCGUGGGGUCCUGCCCUCCUGGGUCUGCAGCCGAAGGGCUGCGUCCGAAAUGACCAAGAUCGCCACUUUAAAAUUGGCCUCGGCUUACAUCAGGUCACUACAGGACAUCCUCGACGGCAACGCCCAUCACGACACGUGCUCCUGGGUUCUGUCGACCAUAUUGGACGAUGACUCGCCUCGUCCCAAGGCUGAAGCCGAGGCCGACCCACAUACGUCGCCCAAGUGCCAAGUGACAUCCACCCAUAUGAAUUCCGAGGCCGACUUGAUGUCCCUCCUAUGUGGGUCGUCCUCAGAGUCUCCUUUGAGUCAGGAGGACAACCUCGAUGCCUCCUUCUCAUAUCUGUCCUCAGGGACUGAGCCUGACCCCAUCACUCUGCUCCUGCUGGAGUCCGAGAGCCAGAGGUACUGGAGUGAAGGUCAACACAGUCCCCUGAUGGUGUAGUGGAGGUAAUUCUAUGAAUUCGUUGUUAUUCGGGAAUAUCCUGUUUCCUAUACUAAAAAAAUACGACAACUAUAAAAGCUUAUACUGUGAUAAGAAAAAAAGAAAUUUAUUUCUGUAUUGAAUUAAUGUUAAUAUUUAAAGUAUUUACGUAUACCUACAAGAAUUUUCAUAAUUUACUAUUAUUAUUAUUAUUAUUAUUAUUAUUAUUAUUAUUAUUAUUAUUAUAUUAUUAUUUUGCUUGGGAUAUCUGAAGAAAGUUGAAAUACAAACACCGCGUUUAGGGAAAAUCGAUAUUACGAAGAGCUCGCUGAUACCAUUAUAUAAGUGUUUGGAAGUGAUGUUUCAGUAUAUAUAUAUUGUAUAAACACAUACAUUAUAUAUAUAUAUAUAUAUAUAUAUAUAUACACACAUACAUACAUACAAUGUAGAUAUUUCAUAUAUCUAUAUUAUGUAUGCAUUUAUGCAUAUAUGUCUGCAUAUAGAAGUGUCCAUGACAUAACAGUUAAGAAAUUCACAGCCAAUUCUAGUCAGUUUUUUGUGUCAACGGCGUUAGUUUUUAAGGAUCCUCGAACGAUAAAAGAAUUAGUCAGGUUUGGGUUUUAUCAUGUUAAGGAAAGAUAAUUAAUGAUUAUUUAAUCCCUUUAUAAAAUACUCAUUCAAGACAUAUGAUGCCUUCCGAAGGCGUGAGUGUCUCUAAAGUUUUUUUUUUUUUUUUUU